AUGCCCAUUAACCCAAGUUUCAACUGGCUGCGAUUACAAAACGUAUACUACGAUAUCCGAACUUGCUAUAGCCCCUUAACAUGGUCAAUUGACAAUUUAUAUGCAAGCUAUAGGGUCGCAUCUUCACCAAAUUGCACACUCAUUGCCAUUGCCUCAAAAGCUGUACCCUUCCCAAACUUGGUGGAGAUAUAUAACCCAAGCGGUACCAAAAUAUGGUCGGUGGUGUAUAAUGGCACGGUAAAUGACCACAUUUACGGCUUUUAUUUCUAUAACGAGGACUUGGUGCUUGUGUUGAGUAAUGGUAAAUAUAGGUAUUAUCAGGAUUUCGUGGGCAAUUUCAACGAGUUUUCUUUAAUUGCAAACACAGAUACUGUUUUACUCGACGAUUUAUCGGAAAGUAGACAAGGUGCAAACGACGAAAUCAAUAUUGACGAUAUUCAUAUCUCAGCCCGGAAAAUAACCAAUUUGGAAAAUAAUGAAACAGAGGAAAUAAACAAUAUCUUGGAAGUACAGCUCUUUGGCAAGUACUUGGUCACCCGGUUCGAAAAUAAAAUAAUUAUUACUGACCUAGACAGUAAUCAGAAUUAUCAAUUAAACAUUCUCAAACUUGCAGCUCUCGAUAUUUAUACAACUGCAAUUUUCUUUGAAAAGGAUAAAUCUGAAAAUGGAAAUGAAUUCGAAAUCAAGAAUGGAGGCUCAAGUGGAAAUGAAAACUUGCUAUUAUACUUGGCUUAUAAAAACACAAUUAUAGUAAUCAAAGUUGAUUUGGGUUUGUCCAACUUUGAUACAACAGAUCAAAAACUAACCGAUGGUCCGUUUGUUGGCAUUGCCGUUUCCCCAACCGGCCGCUUACUUUCAUUGCAUAAUAGCUCUCUGAAAAAGAUUUUUGUCGUUAGUAAUGCUUUUGAUCAGAUCUUGUUGGAAUACAAUACAGCAAACGAAUCAAGCUCUCCGUAUCAAGUUGAAUGGUGUGGCAAUGAUGCAAUAGUGCUCUCGCUAAAAGAUGAGGUAAAAUUGAUUGGGCCAGGUCAACAAUCCAUCUCAUUUUUUUAUGACUUGAGCGAGGAAGAUGAUGAUUUUGACUUGGAUAACUUGUUGCUGAUAAGAGACUCUCCAAGAAAUGAUUCAUUAUACACUGUGCCUAUUUUGCAAUCUGCAAUGGAUGGUCUUUGGCUUACAACAAGUACCAAAGUGCAAUUUUUAAGCCGUGUUCCUGAAAAAUCGUUGGAAAUGUAUCAAAUAGGAUCUCAUAACCCAAGCGCCAUACUUGCCGAUUGUGUAGAUAAGUUUAUUCUGAAUGCAUCAAAAGCCAAUGCAAAUAUUUCAUUAUUAAAAAACGACAAUGUGUUGACUACAGCUAUUGAUGAUUGCUUAGAGGUUGCAUUAGAAGAAUUCGAUGUGGCACGCCAGAAACGAGCUUUACGCGCGGUAUCCUUUGGUAAAAUCUACGAAGAGGAUAACUACGAUGCUGAUCGAUACUUGGCUGUCUUGAGCACUGUUAAAGUUUUGAAUCAGUUAAGAAGUCCUGAAUUAGGGAUAUUUCUCACUUAUAAAGAGAUUGAAGCAAUUGGUUGGGAAAGCGUGGUUAAAAUGCUACUCAGAAGAAAUCAACACUACUUGGCAUUGAAAAUCAUUAAAGAACUUGAACUCACUGACCUCAUUCUGUUGGUGUAUGUACAUUGGUGUUGUUACAAAAUCCGUAAAGAACUAGACAUUUCAGACUUUGACUUGUAUAAAAUCAUUACACGCAAGUUGUUGUCAUUCUCAAAAGACGGCACAAACUAUAUAUCGGUAGAUAGGAUCUGCGAUAUAGCACGUGAAGAAGGAAGAGCUGUAUUAAGCAAGUUGAUAAACAACUUGGAGCCAUCUAUCAGUAAGAAGGUUAAAAAGUUGGUUGAUCUUGAGGAGGUGGAAUUGGCAUUAAUCAAAUCAUUCCAAUCUGGAGACUACGACUUGUGUUUAUUAAUGUUGUCACAAUUGCAGGAUACUCUUACUGUAUCUGAAUUUUUCAAAAUACUUAAUCAAAAUGUUGCCAAAUUUGAAAAUGAAGAACACACGGGUUUGGAUGUUGAUAUAGAUAUCAAAACUGAACUUUUUCAAGUGAGAGGAGAGGUUGUUGGCCAUACGUGGCUGAACUCAUUAGGUAAAUUGAAUCCUAAGCUCAUGGAGCGAUUUUUGGAACAUGAAGAUAAAGUAGAUGAGCUUAAUUUACUCAAGUUGAAAGAGUUCAAAAAAGCAAACCCAGAUCCAGAGGGCGAAGAGUAUUACAACGAAUAUAAGAGCCUUCUCAAAAAGUGUUUAAAGAAAUCCUCACAAACAGUAAUACAAAAGGCACUUCAACGAGAAUUGAGUAUUUUAGAACUUCAGAGGAGACUAGAGAAAACAUACCUUGCUAAUUUCUAUAACGAAAACUCGCCAUUAACCAUUAUUGAAAGACUUGUCAAGAUGAAUCAGAUAAAAUCAGCUAGUAAAAUUGUUAAAGAGUUAUCGGUAUCUCAAGAAAAGUAUUGGUUCCUUGUUCUUAAAACAUAUUCGCAAUCUCAUGAAUUCGAUAGGCUAUAUGAAUUUGCAUUUGGCUCACUCGAUUCUACAACAGGUAAAUCGCCUAUUGGAUUUGAACCAUUUGUUGAGGCAGGUUUCGAGUAUGAUGCUCCAAAAGAACAUAUAUCGGCAUAUAUCAGCAAUUCAGUGAAAUACAAAUAUGAUGAAAAGAUCAACUUGUAUAUCAAGAACGAAGACUAUGAUUCUGCUGCUCAAGAAGCUGUUAAGAAUAAAGAUAUCGACAUUUUGAAAAGUUUACAGCAAAAAGUUCCUAGCACGGAUACACAUGCUAAUCGUGUUAUCAGGAACAGUAUAAGAAAACUAGGUUAUUAA